CGCCGCGUUAUCGGCGUGCACCGGCGGCCGCGGCGAUCCCGCACGCAGUCGGAAAGAAGACGCGGCGUGCGCCGAACCGCGUUUGAAUUGGAGCGCCCUUCGCGCCAUUCCCCGCGCGGCAGAUGCACGAAGGUCAAAAGUAUUUUAAAAAUAAGGCCGUAGGCAUUGGCAGAUUGGUAUGGCAGUGGACGUUAAGGGUCGGGUGGCGUUGUAAUGGCAAAAAGUUUGCGAGAGGGUCGGGAUUGGAGAUAGACAAGAUGGACCAGCAGUAUUGUCUACGGUGGAACAAUCAUCCAGCCAACCUCACGGACGUUCUCAGCUCCCUGCUCGCCAGAGAGGCGCUCUGCGACGUCACCCUGGCAUGUGUCGGAGAGACGUUCAAGGCGCACCAGACCAUACUCUCCGCAUGCAGCCCGUAUUUCGAGAGCAUUUUCCUCCAGAACACCCACCCCCAUCCGAUCAUAUUCCUCAAGGAUGUCAAUGACACCGAGAUGAAGGCGUUGCUGCACUUUAUGUAUAAGGGCGAAGUCAAUGUUAGUCAGCAUCUGCUACCGAUGUUCCUCAAGACAGCGGAGGCACUGCAGAUCCGAGGCCUCACCGAUAAUAGUGUAAAUAACAAACCGGAGGACAAGUGUCCCUCACCGGAUCCGGACACGCAGACCGGGGUCAGGCAUAGCGACUCGCCUAACCUCCAGUCCCAUCACGAGAAGAGGAAAAGAAAGAAUUCAGGCAGCUACGACGUUUCUCUUUCUGGCCCGCCUAGCGAAAGAUUCCUCUCCGACUCUCAGACAUCCUCGCAGUGUAGUUACAAAUCGAGUCCUCCUGUGAUUUCAAAGUUAAAUAAUGCCCUGGGAGUUGAGAUGGAAGAUGGUGGUCGACCCAUGUCGCCUGCUUCACAACCGCAGGCCCCCAUUAAACAAGAGGUGGAUCACCACUUGCCCGACUUCCAUGACAAUAUUUCCCUCUCCAGUCAUCCAAUUGGGCUGAUAGAAGACGGAGGGGCCGCGGCAGGAGCGCUCAGUGAUGGUGUUCAAGGAAUUGAAUCAUCCGAGCACCAUAAUCCCCCGGAAAUGCUCGACGGACUUGAUGGUGUCGUCCGAAGCGAGCAUCCCUCUAUUUCCAAAUCUGGCAAGUGUAGUGAGUGUAACUUUAGAAAAUGAAAGACCUCCUUUUCACAUAUAUUAUAUAUAUAUCACAUAUAGUAUGUAUAUGUAUAUGUGUACGGUACGUAUAUAUAAAUACAUAUAUAUAUAUGUAUAUGCAUACACACCGGGACCAAUCCCCGCGUGCGUAUGUCUGUAUAUAUUAUAUCUAACCACAUAUGUAUAUUACAUGAAUCCUUGGUGUUGUGGUGAUGGUAUCGUGCAUUUGCUACGUCAUUGUGGUAGUUUUAAUUACGUGUGUUAAUACAUAUAUCUAUAUAUAUAUAUAUAUAUAUAUACAUAUACAGAGAGAGAAUAAAACGUAACAAAACUCUCGUUGGUUUGGGACAUGGUAUAUCAGCAAAUGGACUGUACUUCUAUCAUUUUUUUUUCCUGUUUUUUUUCUGUUUUUCAAAUUCGUGUCCGAGAUUGCGAUGGUGUGUGGGUGCGACUGGCUGAGUUCAUCUCGCUGCUCUUGUAUACACGUGUACGUGGCGCGUGUGCGUGCGUAUGCGUGGUAUGCCACAUUAACGAGCUCCAUUUGCGUGAAUGCGUGUGGAUGUGUGUCGUGUGCGCGAGACAUGUAUAUACUUAUGUUAUAUAUAUAUAUUAUAUAUAAGACAUUUUAUAUAUACAUGUAUAUACACACACGCGGCGUAUAUGCGUACACACCGCGUGCACGUGCGGACGCAGGCGUGCGCAUAUACGCGGCUCUUCCAUGGCGGGAACUCUCUGUGCAUGUUUUUAUAUGUGCUGUUUUUAUUUCCUAUUUCUCUUAUAUACCCCUUUGCCGUAUCUUGCGUCACCGUGCCUGGCGAUCUUGAUCUUAUAUUCUCACGUCUCUCUUGCGCUGUUCGUUUCGACCUACACGAGUGAACGAGAAUAUUAGCAACAAAAUGUGCAAUCGUUGCGCGUCUCGUUGCGCAAUCCGUCGUUUUGCGUUAAUAAAAUUGCCGGCCGCGGGGGAAAAAAAAAUCCGUUACGUAAGACGUUUCCUAUAUGCUACGUUACUUGAUACCACGAGAUGGAGACGAAGGUUAAACGCGAUUACACAAGAGCGGAGGAGCCGAGGAUCCGACGAUCCCGAAAAUCUGCCCUUUAGGGAUUAAAGACCGUCGCAAUUAGAUGUUCAAUCUCGCGGACUCUUCGACACGGGGAUCCCCGGGCGGAAAUUCGGGGAUUGGAGGAUCCGAGGACCCGAGUUUCGCAUCUAUAAAAAAAAGCCUAUGGAUGAAUUUAUUAAGUUUCACUUUUCGCGAAGUAUCUUCUAUCGUUCGUCCACAUCGAUACGUCACGCUUAUUUAUAGUCACACGAUUCUUAUCCACUGUGCAUCGUCAAUGCAUUAAUAAUAGUCGCCAGCAGCGACAGCAGCGGCACAGCAGCAGGAAAACUCGUAUCCCUAGGUAUCAUAUUUUUCCUCCUGGCGAUUAUUUCCGAAGAAGCGUACGCGAUUAGACCGCUCGUUAAAUAGACUCGGUUGCUAAUGCUAUUCUUCGUUUAUCUCUCGCAUCCUCGACCUCGUAGCGAUCUCGUCGUCGUCGUCAUCGGCAUCGUCGUCGUCGUCGUCGUCGUCGUCGUCGUCGUCGUCGUUGAUAGUUACCAGAUUACGUACUUCUUGAUUGCAUAUUCAUAUUAUAUCUAGUUAGCUGAAAUGUUGCACGAGCUGCAUUAUGCAAUAGUUGCCAGUGGCCGCGAGAUGCGCGCGUUUGAUCUCCGACGGAGCAAUUUAUGUAUGGGCGGCGUUUAAGAGCUUGGGGGACAAAGUCGAUAGUCCGUAUCGCGAUCUCCGCAGACCGAGUGUUUACCGUGGGGACGAAUCGGCGAAUCUCCUCGCCGAGGUUCUCGCACUUGAAUGUGUUUAUUUUCCGUUGCGGUUUUUCUUUUCGGUAUGUUAAGUUUGACGUCUCUUUCUCUCCUUUCUUUCUCUCCUGUACUGUAUUGUGACAGUAUCUUUAGUCUCUUGGAACGCGAUGAGAUGACAGUAGAAUUGAGCUUUUUACAUGGUAUUGACAUUUGCUACGAGUAGGUAAUUAUAGAUGAGAAAGAGCACGGGGCGAAGUCCUUGAUGGAAUUGAUCGAUUCGCCGUCUUGUUUCAAUAAACGCGACAAAGUUUCGAUUCUUUCUCUAAAAAAAAAAAA